AUGCCGAGCCUCCCGGCCCCGCCGGCCCCGCUGCUGCUCCUCGGGCUGCUUCUGCUCGGCUGCCGGCCGGCCCACGGCGCCGGCCCCGAGCCGCCCGCGCUGCCCAUCCGGUCCGAGAAGGAGCCGCUGCCCAUUCGGGGAGCGGCAGGCUGCUCCUUCGGCGGGAAGGUCUAUGCCUUGGACGAGACGUGGCACCCGGACCUGGGGGAGCCCUUCGGGGUGAUGCGCUGCGUGCUGUGCGCCUGUGAGGCGCCUCAGUGGGGUCGCCGCUCGAGGGGCCCUGGCAGGGUCAGCUGCAAGAACAUCAAGCCCGAGUGCCCAACCCUGGCCUGCGUGCAGCCGCGUCAGUUGCCGGGACACUGCUGCCAGACCUGCCCCCAGGAACGCAGCGCUCCGGAGAGGCAGCCCACGGGCCUGGCCUUUGAAUAUCCGCGGGAUCCAGAGCACCGCAGCUACAGCGACCGCGGGGAGCCAGGUUCUGAGGAUCGGUCGCGUGGAGAGGGCCACACGGACUUCGUGGCGCUGCUGACAGGGCCGAGGUCGCAGGCCGUGGCACGGGCCCGAGUGUCUCUGCUGCGCUCUAGCUUGCGUUUCUCCAUCUCCUACAGGCAGCUAGACCGCCCUACUCGGAUCCGCUUCUCAGACUCCACUGGCAGCGUCCUGUUUGAACACCCUGCGGCCCCCAGUCAAGAUGGCCUGGUCUGUGGGGUGUGGCGGGCAGUGCCUCGGUUGUCUCUGCGGCUCCUUAGGGCAGAACAGCUACAUGUGGCACUUGUGACACCCACUAAUCCUUCAGGGGAGAUCUGGGGGCCUCUCAUCCGGCACCGGGCCCUGGCUGCAGAGACCUUCAGUGCCAUUCUGACUCUGGAAGGCCCCCCACAGCCUGGCACAGGGGGCAUCACCCUCCUCACUCUCAGUGACACAGAGGACUCCUUGCAUUUUUUGCUGCUCUUCCGUGGGCUACUGGAACCCAGAAGUGGGGGGCCAGCCCAGGUUCCCUUGCGGCUCCAGAUUCUACACCAGGGGCAGCUGCUGCGAGAGCUCCAGGCCAAUGCCUCAGUCCAGGUGAGUGAGGGUCUGGCUCUUGCUGCCACCUGUGCUGGUCACUUGUUGCCCCCACCAUACUUUGCCCUCUCUCCAGGAGCCGGGCUUUGCUGAGGUGCUGCCCAACCUGACAG